CUAAAUUUUAUAUGUUAUAAUGGAACUGGGAGGCCCUGCAACAGCUGGAGCGACUGACACAGCUGGACAACUGUUUAAAGAUGAACUUUCUGACAAAUGUCAAAAGCUUUUCCUGGAGUUUUUGGAAGAGUGCAAAGGUAAAGAUGGAAGCAAUCUUUAUGUGUCUGCAGCAGAAGAACUUGUCCGACCUGAAAGGAACACUUUGGUUGUAAAUUUCACUGAUAUUGAAUAUUACAAUCAACAACUAGCGACAACUAUACAAGAAGAGUAUUACAGGGUCUACCCUCAUCUUUGCCGAGCUGUGCGAAGUUUUGCAAGGCAGAUGGGAAACAUCCCAGCAAAUAAGGAAUUCUAUGUAGCCUUUUCUGACUUUCCUGCAAGACAAAAGAUUCGAGAACUCAGCUCUGCCAAAAUUGGUACUUUACUAAGAAUUAGUGGUCAAGUUGUCAGAACCCAUCCUGUUCACCCAGAACUGGUCAGUGGUACAUUUCUUUGUAUGGACUGCCAAUCAGUUGUAAAAGAUGUGGAACAACAAUUUAGAUAUACUCAACCAACGAUCUGCAAGAACCCAGUCUGUGCCAAUCGCCGCCGAUUCACAUUGGAUACAAAUAAGUCCCGUUUUGUUGAUUUUCAAAAGGUAAGAAUUCAAGAGACACAGGCAGAGUUACCACGUGGGGCUAUUCCACGUAGCGUGGAAAUAAUUCUACGUGCAGAAGCUGUGGAAACCGCAAUGGCUGGUGAUCGUUGUGAUUUCACUGGUACACUAAUUGUUGUACCUGAUAUCUCUGCUUUGGCAGCAGGAGAUGCUCGAAUGGAGACUGGGGCCAAAGUAACAGGUGGAGAAGGUUUUAACUCUGAAGGUGUUCAAGGCUUAAAAGCAUUGGGAGUAAGAGAUCUGUCUUACCGGCUGGCAUUUUUAGCCUGCCACGUGGGUGCUACAAAUCCACGGUUUGGAGGCAAAGAUUUAAGAGAGGAAGACCAAACUGCUGAAAGUAUAAAAAAUCAAAUGACUGUGCAAGAAUGGGAAAAAGUAUUUGAAAUGAGUCAAGACAAAAAUCUUUACCACAAUUUAUGUACAAGCCUUUUCCCCACAAUACAUGGUAAUGAUGAAAUUAAAAGAGGGGUAUUACUGAUGCUCUUUGGGGGGGUUCCGAAGACCACUAUGGAAGGUACUUCUCUGAGAGGAGAUAUCAAUGUGUGCAUUGUUGGAGACCCCAGCACAUCUAAGAGUCAGUUUUUAAAGCAUGUAGAAGAAUUCAGUCCUAGAGCAGUAUACACUAGUGGGAAAGCUAGCAGUGCUGCGGGUUUAACUGCUGCUGUUGUAAAAGAUGAAGAGUCACAUGAGUUUGUGAUUGAAGCUGGAGCUUUAAUGUUAGCAGAUAAUGGUGUUUGCUGCAUAGAUGAAUUUGAUAAGAUGGAUCUGAAAGAUCAAGUGGCCAUUCAUGAAGCUAUGGAGCAACAAACAAUUUCCAUCACGAAAGCAGGAGUGAAGGCCACAUUAAAUGCUCGUACAUCUAUCCUGGCUGCAGCAAAUCCUGUUGGAGGAAGAUAUGAAAGAUCAAAAUCAUUAAAGCAUAAUGUCAAUCUAUCCGCACCCAUUAUGUCACGAUUUGAUCUAUUUUUCAUUUUGGUUGAUGAAUGCAAUGAGGUAACAGAUUAUGCAAUAGCACGAAGGAUAGUAGAUUUGCAUGCGAGAAAUGAAGAAUCAAUUGAGCGAGUUUAUUCAAUUGAAGAUAUUCAGAGGUAUUUGUUGUUCGCUCGUCAAUUCCAGCCAAAAAUAACAAAGGAAGCUGAGGAAUUCAUUGUUGAGCAGUAUCGACGACUCAGACAGCGUGAUGGCAGUGGAGUAGCAAAGUCAUCUUGGAGAAUUACAGUCAGACAGCUUGAGAGUCUGAUACGAUUAUCUGAAAGUAUGGCUCGAAUGCACUGCUCUGAUGAAGUUCAGCCAAAACAUGUGAAAGAAGCCUUUAGACUGCUUAGUAAAUCGAUAAUUCGUGUGGACACACCAGAUGUCAGCUUCGAUCAAGGAGAAGAUGAAAAGAACGUUGAAGAAGAGGUUAAUAACGCUAAUCUGAACAAUGGUGAAGAAGCAAUGGAAACAAAUCAGGAUGAACCAAUAAAUGACAAGCCAUCCACAAAUGCAGGAUUAAAAAUGUCCUUUGCCGAGUACAAGCAGAUCUCCAACUUGUUGGUUUUGCACAUGCAGAAGAUGGAAGAAGUUGAAGAAGAGUGCCAUCUAACAACAACUGACUUGGUUAACUGGUAUCUGAAAGAAAUGGAAGCUGAAAUAGAGACUGAAACAGAGCUAAUCCUUAAAAAGCGUUUAAUUGAGAAGGUCAUUCACAGAUUGAUAAAUUAUGAUCAUAUUCUGAUAGAACUGAACAAAUCAGAAUUAAAAACAAUGGAUGAUUCAAAGGAGACAAGUGAAGAUGCUGCUGAAGAUCGAAUUUUAGUUGUGAAUCCAAAUUAUAUGCUGGAAGAUUAAACAGCAGUUUAUGUAGGCAAACAUAUUUGGUACAAACUUUUCUUGCGAAUAAAAGGGCGUAAUUAUGUCAUGGUUUCUAUGUCCAAAAGAAAUGUAAAGUUAAAUAUAUUAAAAAUGAUUU